UAGAGGAAGACAGAAAGACUUCCGUGCACAACAUUUUUAUGUAUUUUCAGGUGAAAUAUGCCCCGUUACUGUGCUGUAAAACUUUGCAAAAAUCGUGGAGGAACACCCUCUAAAGAAAACAAGAGAAUAAGCUUUUACCCGUUCCCCUUGCAAGAUGAGGUCAGGCUGCAGAUAUGGGUAGACAACAUGAAGCGAGAGGAGUGGAUCCCCAGCAGACACCAGUACCUGUGUAGUGAACAUUUCACUGAGGACUGCUUUGACCUGCGAUGGGGGAUCCGGUACCUGAAACACACUGCCUUCCCUACCAUCUUCCCUCACACACACCAUGAUGAAGAUAGAGCCAUUUCCACCAGUAAGAACACCACCAAGCCCAAAACCAGGAUAUGCGACGCCAACAUUGAACUCAUCCGCUCCCCCUCCCCUCCUGACAAGAAUACACCUCUGAUUCUGAAAAGGACAGUCAGAGUGGAACCAGUCGUGGUGAGUGUCACUCCUGUCCCUAACCCUGAGGAUGCCAGUGAAUCUACGGUCACUACACUGUUAUAUGAAAGACCGCUUGUUUCAGACACAGAGGCCUCUACUCCUAGUGAAAUGGUCCUGGGGGAGGUGAUGCUCUCAGAGACCCAGGCUGCAGUGUGUGAGGUGAACAGAGAACGAUCUGGAGACAGUGGUGGGAUACUGACAGCCUCAUGCUUGAACCUGUCUGGUGAGACACUGCAGCAGCUGGAUACACUGGACUCCACUGUGACUGUGCUCUGCUGUGAAUCCGUCGUCCCUGUCGGCCAUUUCUCUGAAUGUGAAGCCACGGUGGACGCCCUCCAUGUGGCCCUCGGUCAGACGUUUAGGAUCUUCCCUCUGGAGCUGCGGAGGGAGGAGUGGGUGGGAGACCGGGAGGAGGGCCCCGGGGAGGGGGAACACAUCUCUGUGUACGAGCACUCCUACUCCAAACAGGACACGGACCAGGAACAGCUGUGGAGGAAGACAGCCAGCCUCCACAACAAGAUCAUGGAGCUGGAUAGGAGAGAGGAAAGCACCAUGGCUAAAAUACGAUCGCUUGAGAGCGAGAUGGCACAUCUGAAGAAGAGCAACAUUGUUUUCAAAGAAAAGCAGAAAUUACUAGAGGACUAUAUUACUUCUGCGUUGCUCUGAUGUCUUAACCGUAGUGCUUUGUUUCCAUUAACAACGGUCUUUCUGAUGAGAUGUGUUUUGUGUUAUUACAGGGUUAUUACAGGGUUAUUACAGGGUUAUUACAGUCUCAAUCACUUGUACUUAUUUAUUAUCUGUUUACAUGUUUCACAAGAGUUAUAUUACUUACUUGUAGUGAGGCCCUUCUCGGAGAGCGUUCUGGGCAGGGGAUCCCUGUCCUUCCAUUUGUCUCCGCUAGGUGGCACUGUGUCUUUAGGAUAGGCCCUGGCGCUAUGCACUACUGUUUCAUGUUUAGAAUGACAUAAAUGUCAUUUGGAGUGUAAUUUGGAGCGUUUUAUGGGAAGUGAUAUUCCCUAUUCUUGUGCUACAAAUGGUUGCUUGUUUUAUUCAAUUAUAUAGUAUUUGUAUAUCAUA